AUGCCUUCGAGGGACGACGAAGAUAUGCGUGGUAGUGACGUGACCGUGGUGCGAACUGAAAGCCAUUUGGCGCGAUUUAAUAAUGCUAGGGCAUUGUUCGAAAAAUUAGGCGAAGAAAAUCGUAAUUUUCGUAUUGAAAAAUCACCUUCGGCAGCAGCUAGUUUCGCUGGGACGCGUGGUGUUCUUCCGGUAGUUCCUUCUCGUUCCCGCUCAAGUUCGGCGGGUUCUGUGAGCCCGACGCGCAAUAAUGCGACUCCGACUUCAAAUUUGUCACCUGCUGUAAAUGGUGAUCGUUUAUCUAAUGGCGCUGCACUACAGCCACCACCGAAACCCGUUAAACCUAGUGUUCUUCCAAAGCCCGAGAAGCCGGAUAGACGAUUUAAUAAAGAACUAAUAGAAAAACAGAAAAAUUGGACAGCUCAUUUUAAUAAGUCGCGGCCACCCAGAUUCGAACAAGAACAAAGAUUAGACUAUAAAUCAAAUAGUGGAUAUCAAGACAGAAAAUCACCGGAAAAAGUAGACAAACAUGUCCCAUCACGAGUUUACACACCACCGCCUUCACCAGGCGCUUGCGAUUCUUAUGCAGAACGCCCUAGUACUCUUCCUUCCUUAAUAAACAGAGGUAUACAUGUUGCGAAAUCACCUAGUCCUGUAAAAAAUGUCGCUCCUGUGUUACCUCCACCUAGAUCUAGCAAUACUAUAUCUCCCACCGUGAAAUCAGAAUUACUAAUUUCGCCAACAAUAAAUGAAAAAAUGAAAAAUGAUUUAUUAAUAAAUAGGGAUACUUUUAAUCAAUCUAAACAAAGUCCUACGAAAAUAGAAUCUAUAGAAAGGCUACGUCCAUCGACAUCUCCGGAACUUGAAAGAAAAACUGAUAACGUAGAAGAAAUUAUUUCAAGAAAUGAAAGUAAUUUACAAUCUCCAAGAUCUAUAGAUCGUACAUCACCAACUACACAAUUUUUACAAGAUAAAUUCGAGAUAGAUAAGAGUCCCAGAUCUUACAAAUCACCGCCUUCUCCCCCAUUGCGCGCUCCUAAAUCUCCACCGCCGCCAAUACCGGAUGACAAAAACGUAACACCAGACAGUAAUAUAACAACUGCAAAAUCAUUAACUGAUGAAACCGAAUGUGUAACGAAAGUAGAAGUGGAAAACGAUAGUGUCGAUUCACAUCAAGAAGUAAUUGUUAAAUCGCUUUCAUCUUCUUCAAUCUCAUCACUUCCUCAGGAUGUUGUCAAAGAGAACAAUGUGCUUGACACAGAACAUUCUGUUAUAGUGACACCUGAUAUUUGUGAUGUAGCAUUGAGAUCUCCUACGAAAAGUCAUGAAGAAGAUAUUUAUGAGACUAUGCAAUAUAGUGGUAAUUGGGAUGAGAAGAACAGGCGACGAUCUUCAACUCCGGAGUCACCUACAAAUGUAAUUCAGACUGAAGAAGUGUCGCGGUCGCCCCUUGCAUCUCCCAUGGCUUCACCAGUACAUAGCCUUCCCUAUUCUUCGUCUCCAGCGCCAGCAUCGCCCUCGCAAGUUGACAAAAUACGUCGUUUCGAGUUGAAAGUGAGUGUGAGUGUGCAAAAUACUGCUUCGAGCAGGCGAUGGCGUGGCGAUGAGGUCGUCACGUGCGCACACCCGCGCUCGUACAACAUGCGUCUCUGCGGAUGUUGUAUGGUGGGUGGAGGUCGCAAGUCUUCGGAGACAGAGGAUGUGGCGGGUCGGGGUCGAUCGCGUGCCUCGAGCGUUUCGGACGAGGGUGGGUUCAACGAGCCCUCGCCGGAGGUAGUGGCACGCCUGCGGCCCGCCGACUACCGCGACCCGCACCCGCCACUCACCAGCGACAUACGAGAUGCGGAGCGCGCCAGGUCCGAUCCCGACACGCUCUCCGUACUGCAACAGGACUCGGGAGUAGUAGUAAGUGAGGCGAGUCAGGGCUCCAUAGAGGUGCUCGAUAAGUCGACCACUAGCCAAUGGAGCGUGUCGGAGGAGGGCCCGGGGGAGGCGCGGGGUGACGCAGCGCCCGACGAGGACAAGCAACCCGACAGCAUGACGCCCGACGAGGCUGAGAUAUUGCUGAGCUCCAGUAUUCUGGAGAAAAAACUUAGGCAAGAAGCUCUGCUAUCAGACGAGCAGGCGCAAGAGAUCGUGGCGAUGCUGUCGCCGCACGCGGCCGCCGCGCCGCACGCGGCUGCGCUCGCGCCCGACAACGGCGUGUCGCUCAACGACAGCUACCAGUCCGUGCUCUCGUAUGAGAGCAUGCAGUCGGUGGACGAGAGCUACGAGUUCGUGUCGCUGGAGGCGGACGCAGGCGCGGAGGCGGAGGCGGAGGCGGGCGCGGGCGGCGACGCGCGCGAGCCCGCCACGGUGUUCGACCACUACCCGCCGCGCUCGCUGCGCGAACUCGCAGAGGAGAACGGCAUACAUUACUUUGAGGAUGGACAUUUUUAUACGGAGGUCGCCGGACUUCCACCGGUUGAAGAGGACGAGGAUGACGAUUAUUACCCACCAGUAUUUGUUAAGAGAAAUACCAAAGUUAAAUUCAGCACGGAUCCGAUGCGCGUGUUCUCGACGCACUCGGUGCGCGAGUACGACCGCCGCAACGAGGACGUGGACCCCGUGGCCGCGUCCGCCGAGUACGAGCUGGAGAAGCGCGUGGAGAAGAUGCACGUCUUCCCCGUCGACUUGGUGAAGGGAUCGGAUGGCCUUGGACUGUCUAUCAUAGGUAUGGGCGUGGGCGCGGACGCGGGGCUGGAGAAGCUGGGCAUCUUCGUGAAGACGAUCACGGAGAGCGGCGCGGCGGCGCGCGACGGACGCAUACAGGUCAACGACCAGAUCAUUGAGGUGGACGGGAAGAGCCUGGUGGGCGUGACGCAAGCGUACGCGGCGUCGGUGCUCCGCAACACGUCGGGGCCGGUCAAGUUCCUCAUCGGGCGGGAGAAGGACCCCGAGAACAGUGAAGUGGCGCACCUCAUCAGGCAGUCGUUGGCCGCGGACAAGGAGAGGGAAGAGAGAGCUGCUCGUGAGCGUCAGCGGCGGCAACAAACUGAAGAGGAGAGUAGUCCGCCGGCUGCCGACGCGCGCCAUCCAGACAUUGUGGAGUUGCGGGCGUUACUUAAUGAGUUGGUGGGCAUGGAGGCGGGCGGCGGCAGCGGCGCGGAGGUGAGCGCGCGCGUGCGCGAGUGGUGCGCGGCGCGCGCGCCGCACGACCACCUGCGCCGCGCGCUCGCCGCCGCCGCCGACACCGCGCACCGCGCGCACCGCAAGUACGACAAGGCGCGGCGCGCGCUGCGCGAGUGGCGGCGCACGCGCGCCAUGGUGCGCGCGCGCGAGGAGUGGUGGAGCGCCGCGCUGCGCGACGCGCACCGCGAGUACGCCGCCGCGCUCUCCGCGCUGCACGACCGCGUCGCGCGCCUCGAGGUGCUGCUGCUCGAGACGCAAAAGAAGGCUGGUCUACCAGUAAUGCUACCUCAUGAGCCGUCAGCGCGACGAGAAACACCGCCCCUGCCGCGGCGACCAGACCCGGAUCCUUUACUUAUUAAUGAUCCUUGGAGCUCAGACAGUGACCUCUCAGAUCUGUCGCCUAUUGAGGACGAAUAUGCAAAAGUCGACAAGUCGGAUAAAAAGCCACGUGAAGCGCCAGAUAUCGGAGACGUGACGGUUACAACGACAAGUGACGUAAAAUUGCCGAGCAACGUCACUACUAACUCUGUCACGUCACCCACAACUGUGACGACGAAUUAUGCGAACGUCACGUCAUCGUCAUAUGUGAACGUGACUACUGCGACGUCAUACGUUAAUGUGACGUCGGCUCCGAGUGUCACGCCUACUACAAACUCCUCAAGCCAUAUUGUUACCGUCACCACUGCUGCGUCUACCCCAGCUGUCGUCGCCGAUACUUUGAGCGGGGCUAACGCAACUAGUAUGGCGAGCAUCACAAGCACAGCGAGCAGCGCGGGGAGCGUGGGCGCGGGGGCGGGCGCGGGGGCGUCGCGCGAGCUGGACGCGGCGGUGCCGCGCGGCGCGCUGCUGGACACGUCGGCGCACCGCGCGCGCACCGACCUGGCGCGCCACCGCCACCACGCGCCGCUGCACUCCCACUCGCCCCAUUCCCCCCACUCCCUCAGCAAUGCUAGCUCGUAUGAUGGGUUAGACGAUUCCUACAACGACUCUGCGGACGAGUCGCUGAGCGAGUCCACUUCGGGGGCGCCUCCACACGCCUCUCACCACACUCAACGAGAUACGCGACAAAGCUGCGGUAGUUCGAUCGGCAGUGCGAUGGAUGAUGCCGUGUAUUCCCGCGACCAUCGACAUCAUCCUCUCUCAGGUCCGCCCGCGUCGCUGGCGGAGCAGCUCAAGCAGGUGCUGGCCGAGCGCGAGCGCCGCCUCGCCGCGUCGCCGCCGCCCCCGCACGCGCUGCCCCCCGCGCACCCCGCGCACCCCGACCCCGUGCAGCUCACCAACGAGCUGGUCGACGAGAUACGCCAGGCCGUCAGCGAGGCCAACGCCAGAGUGAAGAAAGCUCCGGCUUGUGUAGUCGGCGGCGAGGUGCCGUGGCAGCCGCUGUCGGCCGCCGUGUCGGAGGCGAGCCUGUCGCCGCGCGCGGCGCCGUCACCCGCGCCCUCGCACGCCGCGCACGCCGCCGCCCCGCACCCCGUCAACCUGUGGACUAAGCAGCAGGUAUGGCAAUGGAUAUCAAGCCUUGGCGAAGGGCUGGAGCGCCACGCGGGGGCGUUCGCCACACGCGGCGUGGACGGCGCUUUGCUCCUCACUCUAAGCUCUUCAGACCUGAAACUCCUGGGACUCCCCGGCGACGAGAGACGACGAAUGAAAAGACGCCUGAAAGACCUACGAGCCCAACACGAGAAACACCUAAAGGCACUCAAGAAGGCAGAGAAGAAAGCCCGCAAGAAG